ACGCCGGAAGCCUGUAUAAGAGGCCUGCGGAGACCCGGUGAGGCGUUCACUUUGUGCUGGGGCGCUCUGGUGCGACCAUGGACCGGAAGAAAAAGCCUUUGGACGUCACGGCGUCCUCGUUGGUAGACCUUAAGGCUGAACUCUUCCGAAAACAAGAAGAAUUCAAACAAGAAAAACUUCUAAAAGAUGCUGGAGUUUUGGGGAAACCAAAACCAACUACUAAGAAACCAAGUAUCUGGAGCAGACAAAACACAGGAGUUUCGAAUCGAGCUGAGAAGGAUGCUGAACAGAAGAUUGAGGAACAGAAGACUUUGGACAAAGCGAGGGAGAAAUUGGAAGAAAAAGCCAAAUUAUAUGAAAAAAUGACUAAAGGAGCCUUUAUAGAUGAAGAAGUGGAGGAUAUGUACCUUGUGGAUUUCACACAGAAGAUCAUAGACAAACGCAAAGAAAUGGAAGAGCUUGGUGCCAAUAGAGAUUAUAGAAAGACAGAAAGAGAUGAUGAUGAAGAAACCGUUUCUGAAAAAGAUAUCCCUCCUCCCCAGGAUCCCAGUGAAGAAUGGGUGGAUUAUGUGGAUUCUUUAGGGCGAUCCCGGCGCUGUAUGAGAAAGGAUUUGCCACAUCUGCUGGAAAUGGAUAAAAAUCUUCAGGGGAGGCUUUUCGUUAGUCCUGCAAAUGAAAAAACCUUACUAUCUGAAGAUAUGAGAAAAGAACUCCAGCGCCAGCAAUGGGAGGAAGAAGAGAGGGAGUCCCUGAGAAGACCAAUGGGGCCCGUACAUUACGAAGACAUUCGUGAAAAUGAGGCCCGGCAACUUGGUGUUGGAUACUUUGCCUUUGCCCGAGAUAAAGAGUUGAGAAACAAGCAGAUGAAAACUUUAGAAAUGCUGCGUGAGCAGACAACAGAUCAGAGAACAAAACGAGAAAAUAUAAAGGAAAAGAGAAAGGCUAUGUUAGAAGCAAGACUUGCCAAACUCCGACAAAAAAAGAUGAAAACAUCUAAAGAGGAUGGAGCAGAGGAAGAAGUUAGAGAUGGAGAUGUUAUUGGGCCAUUGCCACCAGAACCAGAGGUCAUGCCAGCUCCUCAUACAGCUGCCCAGAGUAGCAAAGUCGAAGUCAUCGUUCAGGAGAGGAAGGAUACCCGGCCUGGGGUGCCACACAUCCGGGAGUGGGACAGAGGAAAAGACUUUUCCUUUGGGUAUUGGUUGAAGAGGCAAUCAGAUCUCCGGGCUGAGAGAGACCCUGAGUUUGCCCCACCAUCGAAUUACUUUGUGGACCAAAAAAGAACUGGUUCUCUGAGUAGCCAGGCAUGGAACAGACCUGCACCUGCACAGAGUGACCCGGGGCAGCACCCUGGCCAGAGCCAUGACCCCAGCUCUUCACAUACAUCAUCCACUCCAGCCCCCAGCGGCCUACCACAAGCCCAGGCGGUCACUUUUGAAACUCUGGAUGAUAUGAUUUCAUACUAUAAACAAGUGACAUGAACUUAAAAACACUAUAACUUGGGUCUGUACUAUUGAUGGUGCCUUCCUCUCCCAGAGCAGAGAAAAUAACUUAACUUUAGGGACUGAACUGUAACUUUCUCUUCCUGUCUUUUCCCUGAAGAUCCAGACUUCAGGCUGUAUUUGUCAGCAGGGAAGAAAGUGAAUGGUACUGUGGGAACUCCGGCCACUUAGCUGUUCAUUUCAUUCUCAUUGGUAUGGAGAUACCAGUUCAUCUGGAUUUACAUGUGAGCUGAGGUAGAGUAAACAUACUCUGUAAUACUUGAUACUAAGGUGUUUGCAAUCCUGUCUGCUUCAUACCCACUCCCAAGACUUAUUCAGAUUUAAGGGUUCCACUCCUUUCCUUUUGCCAGUACUAGCUUGUAGGUGUCUUUGUUCCAAGCAUUCAGCUUCCAGGUCAUUUGGUGGAGCAUCUGUCAGGAAGAAUUUUAGCCUGUCAAAUGAUGGCACAUGAGGGUACACUGGGAGGCAAAGUGAUCUAGUCUCCAGGAGGACCCUGACACUAAUGGAGAAUUAAGCAUAUCAUUUGAAAUGAACAGGAAGACCAGGGAGGACUUCACAGUCCAGAAAGGUAGACAUUGACGUCACUUGCUCUUACUAUCACUCCUUUUUGAGUGGCGAUUAUCACAGCCACGCUUAGUGGGCGUUCAUUAAGUGUGUAUUGAGUGAUGGGCACAUGUGGAGGUUGCUGGGCAUGGUAAGAGCUGUGCUC